UAAUACUAUCAAUCUCUCUCUCUCUCUCUCUCUCUCUCUCUCUCUCUCUCCCUCAGUUCCUCUUUCUGGUUCGCAACAUCAUCAAACCCUAGAUUUCCAACUUUGAUACUCAGCUCUCAAUCAAUGGCGUUUUCUUCUCGCAUUCUCUCCAAAUCCAAGCAGCUGUAUACUGUUCAGAACAUUAUACGGAAGGAACAUGUGAUUCCUGUUCGCCACUUUGCCCAGGAAUCUGCUCCUAAAGGUCUCAAGGGAGAUGAGAUGCUUAAGGGCAUUUUUUUGGAGGUGAAGAAGAAGUUUGAGACGGCUCUCGGUAUACUUCGCCAGGAAAAAAUCACCAUAGACCCAGAGGACCCUGCUGCUGUACAACAAUAUGCUAAAGUCAUGAAGACUGUAAGAGAAAAGGCAGAUCUCUUCUCGGAAUCCCAGAGGAUUCAAUACACAAUCAAAACACGAACCCAGGGUAUUCCAGAUGCUCGUACUUAUCUGCUGACUUUGCAGGAGAUACGGAUCAAGAGAGGCCUUGCUGAUAACCUUGGUGUAGAAGCUUUGAUGUUCGAAGCUUUAGAAAAAGUUGAAAAAGAAAUCAAGAAGCCUCUUAUGAGAGACGAUAACCAAGGAAUGAGUCGUUUAACGGCGGAGUUCGAGAAGAUCAACAAGAAGCUUGGAAUCAACAAGAAUGAUUUGCCCAAAUAUGAGGAACAGCUGGAACUCAAAAUUGCAAAGGCACAACUCGAAGAGUUGAAGAAGGAAACCGUAGAUGCAAUGGAAGCUCAAGCAAAGAAGGAGGAAUUCAAGGACGAGCAAAUGGUUGAGCCCAAGUCAUUGGACAUCCGAAACUUCAUCUGAGAUUUUAGCUUGGGUUCUUUUGCUAUUUGCCGGAAAAUACUUUGUUGGAGAGAGUGGAAGGCUGAGCUUGUUCAGCUCAUCGGCAGGAAUACCCACACUUCUCCCAUUUUGUUUUGAAAUAAAUUGGAUUUUGUUCUGCUGGAAAGUCCGUCAUUUUGGCAGAAUAGAUAUCGAAUGUUUUUCUGGAUGUGUUUAUAUUUCUCAAUCAUGUGUAGGCUUUUUGAGCACAUGAAAUGAUAAAAGCUCCGAUUAUGACGAAUGACAUUCUGUCGUACAUUUUGAA